AUGGCCCUCACGGAUUCUCCGUCCAGCUUUGACUGGGAUACCAGGUCUGAUAUGGAGUCGAUCCAUAGAGCCAGCCCAGCGCCUGCCGCAUUGUCCAGAGCAGCAACGUGGACGAGCGCCUGUUUGGGAACGCGUAUACAGUUUCAUGAGAUGUCCUGGUCUGCCCUGUCACUGCUGGGUUGA